AUUCAUCUUCCAUCAUCUGCGAACAUUCCAGCAGUACACACCAGCGAACACUAACGCGGACUAUACGAGAAUGGCUUCCGCAAAAAUCACCUGCCUCUGCGGUGCCAUCAAUGUCCCUCUGGACGACCCUCUCCCCGCCAAAUCAUCCCUUUGCCAUUGCAACUCAUGUCGACACACCUCUGGAGCGCUCUUCGCAGGCCGCAUUGGACCGCUCGAAAAUAUUCCAGAUGACCACACACUAUCAGCUUGCACAGCAUAUCACAGCUCGAGCACCACAACGCGGUACUUCUGCUCCACGUGCGGAGCGAAGUUGUUCAUCCACGACGCGGGAAAGAAUGAAUGGCAUACUUUCGCCGGCGUCGUCGAUCCUCCGGCAGACCUGGAGAAUGUGCUCGAUAUCCAGGCCCAUCAAGGAUUGGCAGACACUCAUGACGGAGGAAUGGCAUCUUUCAUGACAACGCUAGGCGGGAAGACAAUCCCGCUCUACUCAACAGACGCCUCCUCCCCUGCAUACCACCUCCCAGAACCCAAGGCCCAACCCCUCCCAGACCCCCACGCAACCCUCAAAGCGAAAUGCCACUGCGGCGGCAUCUCCCUCCUCAUCCAACGCGCCCGCCACGAUGACCCUUCAAUCCCACAACUCGACCGCUUCAUCCCCAAAGCCGAGGACGGCACCACGCCCACGAACAAACACAUGGCUUUCUGCUGCACCUGUCGCUCCUGCAGAUUACAAACCGGCGUCUCGUCUCUCGUGCCUUGGACGUAUAUCCCCGCCGCGCAGAUUCUGAACGCGCACACUCGCCAAGCAGUUUUGCAACACCACGACGUGGACAAUGUUGGUGCUGCGGCAGACGUGAAUCGAGAUUUGACCAUCACGCACUUCUGGAGCUCGGAGAAGUCUUGUAGGAGUUUUUGUCGUGUUUGUGGGGCUAGUGCGUUUUAUUCGACGGAUAGUCGGCCGGAGGUGGUGAAUGUUGCUGCGGGGUUGUUGAGGGGGGAGGAGCACGAUGACGGGGUUAUGGCGAGGGGGUGGUUGAAUUGGGUUUGGGGGCGGACGGCGUGGAGGGAUGAAGCGACGCAGAGGGAUGUUGCUGAUGCUUGGAGGGGGACCGGGGGGUAG